GCGUCAGGUUGGGAGAGGGCAGCACUAGGGCCCCAGACUGCAGGAGGCUGGGGGGGAGGGUGUGUGGUGGGCUCCAGAGACCGCCGUGGCCCAGACAGCUGGCCCAGGCCUGAGCGUCGGGACGGCUCUGCAGGAACCUGGUACUCUGCUUCCCACAGGGAGGGUGCAGCUGCUUUGGAGCCUCCUUCCUUGGUGGACCGAAGGCCCCUGCAGCACCUGGCACCUGGCACCGGGCACCGGGCACCCAGUACCCAGGACGGUUUCACUGAGGGGAUUGGAGACGUGGCAAGAUGAGGAGCCGGAGUAACUCGGGGGUUCGGCUGGACGGCUAUGCUAGGCUGGUGCAUCAGACCAUCCUGUGCCAUCAGGAUCCAGUGACUGGCUUGCUUCCAGCCAGCUAUGAUCAGAAAGAUGCUUGGGUCCGGGAUAAUGUGUACAGCAUCUUGGCUGUGUGGGGCUUGGGCCUGGCCUAUCGGAAGAAUGCAGAUCGGGAUGAAGAUAAGGCAAAGGCCUAUGAACUGGAGCAGAGUGUAGUGAAGCUGAUGAGGGGACUGCUGCACUGCAUGAUCAGACAGGUGGAUAAAGUAGAGUCCUUCAAAUACAGUCAGAGUACCCAGGAUAGCCUCCAUGCCAAGUACAACACAAAAACCUGUGCCACUGUAGUGGGUGACGACCAGUGGGGACACCUGCAAUUGGAUGCUACUUCGGUGUACCUGCUCUUCUUAGCACAAAUGACUGCCUCAGGACUUCAUAUCAUCCACAGCCUAGAUGAAGUCAAUUUCAUCCAGAACCUUGUGUUUUACAUUGAAGCUGCAUAUAAAACUGCUGACUUUGGUAUAUGGGAACGUGGAGACAAGACCAACCAAGGGAUCUCAGAAUUGAAUGCCAGUUCAGUUGGAAUGGCCAAGGCAGCCCUAGAAGCAUUAGAUGAACUGGAUCUGUUCGGUGUGAAAGGUGGGCCCCAAUCAGUUAUUCAUGUUCUUGCUGAUGAAGUACAACACUGCCAGUCUAUCCUUAAUUCAAUACUUCCCCGGGCUUCAACAUCCAAAGAGGUUGACGCUAGUCUACUUUCAGUUGUAUCCUUCCCAGCCUUUGCAGUAGAAGAUAAUCAGUUGGUGGAGGUCACAAAACAGGAAAUCAUCACCAAACUUCAGGGUCGUUAUGGCUGCUGUCGCUUUCUACGAGAUGGAUACAAAACCCCUAAAGAGGAUCCCAAUCGCCUAUACUAUGAACCAGCUGAACUGAAGUUAUUUGAAAAUAUAGAGUGUGAAUGGCCAUUGUUCUGGACAUACUUUAUCCUCGAUGGGGUCUUCACUGGCAAUGUUGAACAGGUUCAAGAAUAUAGAGAGGCUCUUGAAGAAGUCCUCAUCAAGGGCAAAAAUGGAGUCCCACUUCUGCCCGAGCUAUACAGUGUUCCCCUUGACAAGGUUGAUGAAGAAUAUCAAAAUCCUCACACUGUGGACCGAGUCCCCAUGGGAAAAUUGCCUCAUAUGUGGGGUCAGUCUCUAUACAUUUUAGGAACUUUGAUGGCAGAGGGAUUUUUAGCUCCUGGAGAAAUUGAUCCCCUGAAUCGUAGGUUUUCAACUGUACCAAAGCCAGAUGUUGUGGUUCAAGUUUCCAUUCUAGCUGAGACAGAAGAAAUUAAGGCCAUUUUAAAGGACAAGGGAAUUGAUGUGGAAACGAUUGCUGAGGUGUCCCCCUUCAGAGUACAACCAGCUCGUAUUCUCAGCCACAUUUAUUCCAGCCUAGGGUGUAACAGUAAAAUGAAACUCAGUGGCCGACCCUAUAGACAUAUGGGAGUCCUUGGAACAUCAAAACUCUACGACAUCCGGAAAACGAUCUUUACCUUCACUCCACAGUUUAUAGACCAGCAACAGUUCUACUUGGCUCUGGACAAUAGUAUGAUAGUGGAAAUGCUUAGAACAGACCUCUCCUAUCUCUGUAGCCGCUGGAGGAUGACAGGACAGCCUACCAUCACCUUCCCCAUCUCACACACUAUGCUUGAUGAAAAUGGAACCAGCUUGAAUUCAAGUAUCCUGGCAGCACUACGAAAAAUGCAGGAUGGCUAUUUUGGUGGGGCAAGGGUUCAAACAGGUAAAUUAUCAGAGUUUUUGACAACAUCUUGCUGCACACAUUUGAGUUUCAUGGACCCUGGACCUGAAAGUAAGCUGUACAGUGAAGAUUACAAUGAUUAUAGUGAGCUAGAAUCCUGUGACUGGAUGAAUAGCUAUGAUUCAACCAGUAAUGAUGUUCACAUGUAUCUUCCUGCAAAGAUAGUUGAGGCUUCCCGGCCUUCAUUCAACUUACUUGACUCACCUCCUCCUCCACAAGAGGACCAGGUUCCCUCAGUUCAUGUAGAAAUACAUCUUCCGAGAGACCAGUCUGGGGAGGUGGACUUCAAAGCACUGGUUUUACAGUUAAAGGAGACCUCCAGCUUUCAGGGACAAGCUGAUAUCCUCUACAUGCUAUAUACUAUGAAGGGACCUGACUGGGACACUGGAUUGUAUGAUGAAGGGAGUGCAACAGUCAGAGAGCUUCUUACUGAGCUAUAUAGCAAAGUUGGAGAAAUCCGUCACUGGGGCUUGAUCCGGUAUAUCUCUGGAAUCCUAAGGAAGAAGGUGGAAGCACUCGAUGAGGCCUGCACAGACCUUCUCUCCCACCAGAAACAUUUGACAGUGGGACUCCCUCCAGAACCUCGAGAGAAGACUAUCUCUUCACCUCUGCCCUAUGAAGUGCUCACUCAGCUGAUAGAUGAAGCCAGUGAAGGGGACAUGAGCAUUUCAAUCCUGACACAGGAAAUAAUGGUAUAUCUAGCUAUGUAUAUGCGAACUCAACCUGGCCUUUUUGCUGAAAUGUUUCGACUUCGAAUUGGUCUGAUCAUACAAGUUAUGACAACAGAACUGGCCCAUUCCCUUCGAUGCUCAGCUGAGGAAGCCACAGAUGGCCUGAUGAAUCUCAGCCCUUCAGCCAUGAAGAGCCUCCUGCAUCACAUUCUCAGUGGAAAGGAGUUUGGAGUAGAACGCAGUGUGCGCCCCACUGAUUCAAAUAUCAGCCCUGCCAUUUCUAUUCAUGAGAUUGGUGCUGUUGGAGCUACCAAAACUGAAAGAACUGGGAUCAUGCAGUUAAAAAGUGAAAUAAAGCAGUCCAACGGUGGUCACACCCUGGGUAUAGAUUUGAUGUCACCGUCUUUUCUGACACCUGGAAUCUCUGUGACUCCAAGUAGUGCCUCCUUUUCUAGUGCAUAUAAUCAAAAGACAUUUAAAGAUAAUCGUCAAGGUCAAUGGCAACGUCGAAGACGGCUGGAUGGAGCACUGAACAGAGUCCCAAUUGGAUUUUAUCAAAAAGUAUGGAAAAUUUUACAGAAGUGUCAUGGACUUUCAGUGGAAGGUUUUGUUCUACCUUCUUCAACCACUAGAGAGAUGACUCCAGGGGAGAUUAAAUUCUCUGUUCAUGUGGAGUCUGUCCUAAAUCGUGUGCCUCAGCCAGAAUACCGCCAGCUUUUGGUUGAAGCCAUUCUUGUUCUCACCAUGAUGGUAGAUAUUGAAAUUCAUAGUAUCGGAAACAUUAUUGCUGUGGAAAAAAUAGUGCAUAUUGCCAACGACUUGUUCCUUCAAGAACAGAAAACCCUCGGCGCUGAUGAUAUCAUGUUGGCAAAGGAUCCUGCAUCUGGUAUCUGCACUCUUCUGUACGACAGUGCACCCAGUGGCAGGUUUGGCACCAUGACCUACCUCUCCAAGGCAGCCGCCACCUACGUGCAGGAGUUCCUGCCCCACAGCAUAUGUGCCAUGCAAUGAGGCCUUUGGGCUCUGGCUACUAGGAGCCUUUUGCCAGCUGGUUCCUGCCUCUGCUGAUUAUGCAUGGAACUGAACUGUGAUGGCCUGAUCACUCCCACCCUACCACAAGGAGAGUAAACUUUUCUGACAAACUAACUGCUUUAGAAGAAGUGAACCCUUGUUCAACCAAGCUCUUCACUGUGGUUCUUAAUUCUUUAAUGGGUCACAAAAGUAUGCAUGUGUUUUUAUUCUCUAGACCUGUUACACACUUAGUGUUCUAACUGCUGUUUAGGGAGCAAGUAUUAAUAAUAAUGUAUUCUUCAAGUUUGGUUUUCCUAUGUGUAGUUUCCUUGUGCGAAUGAGUGGUGGGUACUUUGAGACAUUAUUUCAAGUGAGUAAAGCCUAAAUUGUUGCAUUUUAUGCUGCCAUGAAUUGCAAAUAUUUAUUCUAAAUGCCUUUUCUUGGAAAAAGAGCAUAGCAGAUUAUAGUUUUCUUCUUUAUUCUCAUGUUGCCUUACACUGAAUGAUAUGCUCCCUCCUGUGUAGAAUUAUUGUUUCUGCUUUUGCCUUUUCUGUAUCCGCACACAUGAUUUCUAGUCUCCCUUUGGUGAAAUGUCAAAAACUGAAAGUCUAGGGUGUAUAGUUCAGGAUUUGUGCAUUAACACUUGAAGUCAGUUUUGUGAAGAUUGCUAGGACUCAGAUGUGUAUUUGUAGUAGAAAAUGCAGAAUAACCCAGAGCAGUGGUCAGCAAACCAUGGCUUGUGAGCCACAUGUGGCUCUUUGGCCCAUUGAGUCUGGCUCUUCCACAAAAUAUCGCGUGCAGGCGCGCACGUACAAUGCGAUUGAAACUUCGUGGCCCAAUGCGCAGAAAUCGGUUUUCGGCUCUCAAAAGAAAUUUCAAUCGUUGUACUGUUGAUAUUUGGCUCUGUUGACUAACGAGUUUGCCGACCACUGACCCAGAGAAAUGAAGCCAGGAGCCCAAUUCCAGAGAGGAAAGGGGACAGAAGAAAAGAUGCCUAGGGUGUAUUAUGCCUAGGAAACGAAGAGGAAAUCAGAGGUGGCUCCGUGCCCUGAAGAGAGCCUUUAGCACCUACUCCUGGCCUCUGAAGAGUAGGCUGGCACACCUCACAGAGAGUAAUUGAAGCUUCUGUCUUUGGCAACCCGGAAUCAGCAGUCAAGUCUCUGGAUGCUUUCCUGAGCAAUCUUUCUUUGUUUUCACCUGUUCUCUAGCUCACUCACCUACUUACUUUCUACAGCAUCCACCCCAUCCCCAGUUCCAGGCCCUCCCAUUUAUUAAAAUCUCAAGUCUUCAUUUCUUAAUUCUAGUGUUGGUGUAUAGCUUGCUAUCUGUGGGCAUAUGUUCAUUUCUUGCACACAUCUGCAUUUGUGUGUGUCUAAGCAUACACGGGAAAUUUUCUGAAUAUAAGUACCUUUAUGUGGUUGUGUAUCUGCAGCUAUAUUUGACAGACUAAGCAAGUAUGUAAAUAUGAGUGUUGCUUGUGGCAGAGGGCAGUGACUGUGGCCUCAGACAGACCUCAGGUCUCUUUCUCUUUUUAUUAAGACUAUUAAUCCUGUCAUGGGGACUCCAUGCUCAUGGCUUCAUUUAAUCAUCAGUAUCUCUGAGAAAGGUCCCUACCUCCAACUUCCAUAACAGUGGGGGUAAAAGUUUCAACCUCUGAAUUUGGGAGGGACAUAUUUUGUCUAUGACACUAUCCUCUGAUUUAUGUAUAAAAGCACUCCUAAUUUCUCUGCUUACUCUCAAAGAAUUUCCUACUUCAAUCUUCUCAUUCCCCCUGAUUUUUCUGUUUUGUUUUUUUCUCCAAUAAUGGAGAUGGAGAUGAGGGACUCUGUGAAUAAUUUUUUACAGAAACAUUGACAAUCUUAUGAGCACACAUGAAUAAGUGAGCAUAAUAGGGUGAUAGAAAACAGAAACAAAGAGAGGAUGGUCAAGCUUCUCAGUACCUCUUAUAAAGCAAAUGGAAACACACAGUAAGUAGCUUUCUGCUUACAUGAUUUUCUGGUCAUGUACAAAGAUACAACCCGUCCUGAAACAUCGUCUUUUCACUUGCUGCAAGUGUGCCCCAACCACACAGAGUGCAUCUGCUGUGGCACAGAUGAAAACCACCACUCCCUCCCAUACUAAUUAGCCUGUGUUGACACCGAUGGCUGCAUUUUUCUGGGUUACUAAGUUGUCCAGCACUAUGCUGCAUUCUCACUAUGUUUCACUUUUAAAACAACUUUUUAGAAAACUUGAUUUGUAUUUUACUCAUUUUAAGCAUGUAAUACUAAAAAAGAUAGAUUUCUAAAGCACUUCUGUUUUUAAAAUAGAAUAAAAAUAGAAUUUCCAAUUAAAUCAUGUGUGAAGCUUAA